GCUGCUGCAGAUCUGGAAGCUGGAAUCGCCUGUCUGGUCUGGAAACACUCGUCAAGUCCAUGUGGAAGAAUGGCACGAUGGAAACCUUUACUCCCUGUGACUCUGAUAUCUGUGAUGAUGAUGAUGAAUUUAUUACAAGUGCAGUUAUUACACGGACAACAAGUGGCAGAAGAUUCCUGUACAAUUCAGAUCCUUGUCCCUGGACUCAAAGGAGAACCAGGAGAAAAAGGAGAAAAAGGAACUCCUGGCAGACCAGGGAGAGUCGGCCCUCCAGGAGAGAACGGAGGACCUGGGUUUAAAGGACAGAAAGGAAUUAUGGGACAUCACGGAAAAUUUGGCCCAAGUGGAAUAAAAGGGGUUAAAGGUGACAUGGGCGACCCGGGACCAAGAGGUCCUAAUGGAGAGCCAGGGGUUCCAUGUGAGUGUGCAUCAAUGAGGAAGACGAUUGGAGAGAUGGACAUCGUCGUGGCUCACCUGUCCUCAGAACUGAACUUUAUUAAAAAUGCACUGCCCUCCCCUGCAGCUGUUGCAGGCAUAAAAGAGACAGACAGUAAGGUCUAUCUGUUGGUGAAGGAGGAGAAGCGCUACGCCGACGCCGAGGCUUUCUGCCAGGCGAGGGGGGGGCACCUGGCCAUGCCGAAGGACGACGGCGCCAACGCCGCCAUCGCCGGCUACAUAACGGAGGCCGGCCUGAGCAGAGUCUACAUCGGCGUUCACGACCUGGACCAGGAAGGGCUUUUCACCUACGUGGACCGCUCCCCGAUGAGCACCUUCAGCAGGUGGAGGCCAGGGGAGCCCAACAACGCCUACGACGACGAGGACUGCACGGAGAUGGUGGCGUCCGGGGAGUGGACCGACGUGGCCUGCCAUCCCACCAUGUUCUUCAUCUGUGAAUUUAACAAAAACUCUGUGUGAAAACGGGGAUAAAACCACACACAGCUGGAGCGAUUAACUGCAGUAGUCAUGAUUAAUCGAUAGCUGAAAUAAUCCUCAGCUAAUUUAGUAAUUGAUUAAUCAUUCAAUUAAUCAUUAACUGGAGUACGAAGAUUUUAAAGAGGUUGUUUACAGAAAGAAAGACAUACAGAUAAAAGAUAUAAAGAUAAAUAUAUAUUAAGCUAAAACUGAACAAAAAUAUAUACAUUUUGCAUUUAAGAUCAAAUAUAUUUGUGUAUAAAUUUGUUCCAUCCAGUCAGAACUUCUAACUUCACGUGGUUCAAAAUAUUCAAUAAAAAUAAAAAGAUCUACCUCCUGUAAAACAUUUUCCUAUCUAAUUAUUAAUUGAUUCAUCCAAAAAUAAUUAAACCUGCAAAGCUUUGAUGUUGAGUCAGGAAGAAAGCUCUGGGCUUUUGUUGUUUUUUACAGUGCAAAAACACAAAAUCUCACCAAAUAUUUUAGUCCAGUUUUUAGUGAAAAUAUCUUGGUUUACUUGCAAAAUGACAUAAAAUAACUUUUCAGCAAAAUAUGUGUUUUUAGGUCAAUAUUGAUUGAAUAUUAAUAAAAAGCAUUAGUUCUAUUUUUUCACUUAUGAUAAAAAUAUCUAAGUUAAAAAUUGGAACUAGAUAUUUUUAUCAUAAAUUAUUGAUUUAAAAUAUAUAAUAAAACAAGUUCCUAUAUUUUGCUGAAAAUUUAUUUGUAAGUUUGUUUUCUCUUAUUUAAAUAGAUAUUUGACCCAGAAACUAUUCUGGUAAGAUUUUGUGUUUUUGCAGUGUAGCUGUCAAAUGAUUAGGCUCUGAUGGCAUUUUAGGAAAUAUAAUGUUUAUUUUCUUGCUUAAAAUUUUAAUUAUUUAAUUGAAUCUUUUAAUGUAUUUAUGAAAAAAGGCUCCGUGGUUUAGUGAAAAAUCUGCAGAAAGCACCAUUUUUUAAAUCGGUUUGUCAGAACCAUUGGUAGAAUAAUUGAUUGAUAAUCGUUAAUUGCAGCUCAUUGCAGUUUGAGAUCAGAUGUACAAACAAGAGGAUGUUCUGUUUGAUUGUGGAUCUAAUAAGCUAUUUAUUUCUGAGCUUGCAGGAUCCUGAGUUUGUUUUAAAUUCUUCUUAUUCAAACUAGCAUAUUCUGUUUUUCUUCCAUCUGCAUAUUGAGCUUUUAUAGCAUGCAAAUAUCCUGUAAGAGUCUCAUUGACAAACAGCACAAAUAAGCAGUGGACUAAAGAUUGUGUGGAAAAAUAUCCAAUUAAAAAACAGAUUCAGUUUCUGCUUGAGUGCUUUUAAUCAAACCAACAGAACGCAGCUCUCUGUGUUUCUAUUCAACAUGAUAAGAAAUGUGCAGGUUUUUGUACAAUAAGCAGUGAUGGAUGAACAAGAAAGAGGACAGACAUCAUUUCCUACUGCUGAGCUGGCUGCUUUUAUUCAAUGCAGCUGAGAAAAACCCUGAGACUGAAGGAGAGGAAAAAACCUGCAGAUACUUUUGACAGAAGAUAAUUUCACUUCUUUAACAUUUUUGAAGGCAAAAUGUUUACUAAACAAUAUCAGUGCACACAAACAAAAUCAAUAGGAAAUAAUCACCAUAUUCAAGCCUCACACCAAAUCAAAAUCAUCUUAAAGGACGAGCUGAUCAAAAAACUGCAAAAACAGAACAUUUUACCAAGUAUUUUAUCCUGAAAUAAGACAAAAUAUAGGAGCUUUAUACUGAUGGAAAAGUGGAAGAUUAUUUCAGAGAACAUGGGAAAAUGUUUUGUUGUAAAUGAAAUAAUCUGCUAAUAAGUACGUUUUACAUCAAUAUUAAGACAUUAUUGGAUUAAAACAAACUCCUAUAUCUUGCUGAAAAGUUAGUUUUGUUUUAUUUCAAGCGUAUUAAGAAAUUUUACACAAGAAACUGAGUGGAGAA